UAAACAACUAUAAAAACCUCUUCAUGGUUCUCCUCUCCCUCUCUCUCUCUCCAUUUUAAUCUGGAAACAGAUCAUUUACACAUCAUUAUUCUUCCAUGCUCGCUCUCAUGAGUUCCUGAUAAUUAUCAUAACAACUUCUCUUUGCCUUCUCUGUGAAAAAAAAGAAAUCAAUACCGGCCAAGAAAACAUGAAGAUUCUUUCAUCUCUUCUUCUUGUUCUCCUGGAAAGUCCUCUCUCUAUCACUCUCUUUAUUUUUCUAUGUUUUCGGAAAAUACAAAAUUAUUUUUCUUUCUUUUUAGGUUCUCUGAGUUUCGUUUUUUUUGGUUGAAUUUUUCUAUGCAGUUUCUGUUUGUUCUUUGUAGAGUGGAAGCAAGACAAUCAGCAGGAUACUGUGCAAUGUAUGAUAUCUGUGGAGCACGGAGCGACGGAAAAGUACUGAAUUGCCCCUUUAACAUCCCUGCCGUCAAGCCGGAUGAUUUAUUAUCUUCAAAGAUACAAAGCUUGUGCCCAACCAUCACUGGCAACGUUUGUUGCACUGAGACUCAAUUCGACACGUUACGUUCCCAAGUUCAACAGGCUAUUCCCUUUAUAGUAGGCUGUCCAGCAUGCUUGAGGAACUUUCUGAAUCUUUUCUGUGAACUUACUUGCUCUCCUGAUCAAAGUCUAUUUAUCAAAGUUACUUCCACUACAAAGAGCAAGAAUAAUUCGACCGUUGAUGGGAUUGAGUACUACAUAACCGAUGAUUUUGGAGCAGGGAUGUAUGAAUCUUGCAAGAAUGUGAAGUUCGGUAGCUCCAACAGCCGAGCUUUAGAUUUUCUCGGAGCUGGUGCAAAGAAUUUUAAAGAGUGGUUUGCAUUUAUCGGCCAGAAAGCUGGUGUCAAUUUGCCAGGCUCACCUUAUGGGAUCAAGUUUUCACCGUUACCACCAGUGUCAUCCGGAAUGAAGCCUAUGAAUGUGUCUACUUAUUUAUGCAGUGAUGAUACUCUUGGAUGUUCUUGUGGUGAUUGUCCUUCUGCAGGUGCUUGCUCCAGUACAGCAGCAGCACCUCCUACUCAGAAAAGGCAUGCUUGCUCAAUCAAGAUUGGAUCACUUGAGGCUAAGUGUGUUGAUUUUGUGCUAGCCGUUCUGUAUAUUGUCUUGGUUUCAUUGUUUCUUGGAGGAGGAUUACUUCACAGAAUAAAGGGUAAGAAAAAUAGCUCACCAUUGUCAGAAGCUAGCAGAGAUAGAAGUUCUGUUAAUCCGCAAAAAGCAGACACUAUUCAUGCGCAGAUGCUACAAAACACUCCACAGAGAAACUGGGCUCAGCUGUCAGCAGUACAAGGAUACUUGGCCAACUUUUACAGGAAGUAUGGGAUCUGGGUAGCAAGACACCCAACUCUCGUUUUGUGUUUGUCAGUCUCUUCAGUUCUUCUACUUUGUGUGGGUCUGGUCCAGUUCAAAGUUGAGACAAGGCCUGAUAAGCUAUGGGUAGGUAAAGGGAGCAGAGCUGCUGAAGAGAAACAAUUCUUUGACACCCAUCUUGCUCCGUUCUACAGAAUUGAACAGCUAAUUAUAGCAACAGUUCCUAAAUCUCCUCACGAUAAGGCGCCAGAAAUUUUGACAGAUGACAAUAUUAAGUUACUAUUUGACGUACAAAAGAAGGUUGAUGGACUACGGGCAAAUCACUCAGGUUCAAUGGUUUCUCUGACAGACAUUUGCAUGAAACCACUUGGAGAGGAUUGUGCCACACAGAGUCUUCUGCAGUAUUUCAAGAUGAAACCAGGAAAUUAUGAUGACUUUGGAGGCGUCGAUCAUGUUAAAUAUUGCUUUGAGCAUUUCACCUCCGCAGAAUCAUGUUUGAGUGCAUUUAAAGGUCCCCUUGAUCCAACAACAGCACUGGGAGGUUUCUCAGGGAACAAUUAUAGUGAGGCUUCUGCUUUUAUUGUGACUUAUCCUGUGGACAAUGCUGUUGACAACGAAGGUAACAAAACUGAGAAGGCUGUGGCUUGGGAGAAAGCCUUUAUCCAACUUUCCAAGGAUGAAUUGUUGCCAAUGGUUAAAUCAAAGGGUUUAACUCUUUCUUUCUCUUCGGAAAGCUCUAUUGAAGAAGAGCUGAAAAGAGAAAGCACAGCAGAUGUUAUAACUAUAGCCAUAAGUUAUCUUGUCAUGUUUGCAUAUAUAUCACUCGCACUUGGGGAUGCACCUCGUUUGAAUUCCUUUUACAUUACAUCCAAGGUUCUGCUUGGUCUAUCUGGUGUUAUUCUCGUCAUGCUUUCUGUCCUCGGCUCCGUAGGAUUUUUCAGUGCCGUUGGGAUGAAAUCGACUCUAAUCAUAAUGGAAGUUAUACCUUUUCUUGUUUUGGCUGUCGGUGUUGAUAAUAUGUGCAUACUGGUUCACGCUGUCAAGAGGCAAGAAAAGGAUCUACUUCUGGAAAGAAGAAUAAGCAAUGCCCUUAUGGAAGUUGGACCAUCUAUCACUCUUGCAAGCCUAGCAGAGAUUUUAGCUUUUGCUGUUGGUGCUUAUAUUAAAAUGCCAGCUGUUCGAGUGUUCUCCAUGUUUGCUGCAUUGGCCGUCCUUUUGGACUUCAUUCUCCAGGUUACUGCUUUUGUUGCCUUGAUUGUAUUUGACUUCCAACGGACAGAGGAUAAGAGGGUUGAUUGCUUUCCAUGUAUUAAGAGACCUCAACCAUCAGAUAGUUCUGAGAAAGGUCUUGGUCAAAAGAAAGCUGGUCUUUUGGCUAGAUAUAUGAAGGAGGUCCAUGCACCCAUUCUCAGCUAUUGGGCAGUCAAAAUAUUGGUUCUUGCUUUCUUCUUUGGCUUAGCAAUGGCUGGAAUUGCAUUGUCCACUAGGAUCGAGCCUGGUUUGGAGCAACAGGUUGUUCUUCCUCAGGACUCGUAUCUUCAGGGUUACUUCAACAAUAUUUCGACAUAUCUUCGAAUUGGUCCACCUCUAUAUUUUGUUCUGAAGAAUUAUAACUACAGCUCAGAAUCAAGACAUACAAAUCAAAUUUGUUCCAUUAACAAGUGUGAUUCUAAUUCUCUUUUGAAUGAGAUUGCAAAGGCUUCUUUGACUCCAGAACUAAGCUACAUAGCUAAGCCAGCUGCUUCAUGGCUCGAUGACUUUCUUGUGUGGUUAUCUCCCGAGGCAUUUGGCUGUUGCCGAAAGUUUACUAAUGGUACCUUUUGUCCCCCCGAUGACCAGCCUCCUUGUUGCCCUUCUGAUCAAGGAAGCUGUGGUCUAAGUGAAGUAUGCAAAGAUUGCACCACGUGCUUUCGUCAUGCAGAUUUAAGUAGUGACCGCCCAUCAACAAUCCAAUUCAGAGAGAAACUUCCUUGGUUCCUCAACGCACUUCCUUCAGCUGAUUGUGCUAAAGGUGGCCAUGGUGCUUAUUCUACUAGUGUUGAUUUGCAAGGCUAUGAAAAUGGUAUUAUCCAAGCUUCUUCAUUCCGCACUUAUCACACACCUCUUAACAAGCAGGCUGACUUUGUUAAUUCAAUGAGAGCAGCUCAAGAGUUUAGUUCAAAAGUUUCUCGUUCUUUAAAGAUGGAGAUAUAUCCAUAUUCUGUGUUUUAUAUGUUCUUUGAGCAAUAUCUUGACAUAUGGAAAACUGCAUUAAUCAACCUCUCAAUAGCCAUCGCUGCCGUCGUUGCCGUGUGUUUAAUUAUCACAUGCAGCUUUUGGAGUUCUGCAAUUAUUUUGCUGGUGAUUGCAAUGAUCAUUAUUGACCUCCUGGGAGUAAUGGCAGUCUUUCAUAUCCAGCUAAACGCACUCUCGGUUGUAAAUUUAAUCAUGUCCGUGGGGAUAUCGGUUGAGUUUUGUGUACACAUAACACACGCUUUCUCGAUAAGCUCUGGGGACAGAAACCAACGGAUGAAAGAGGCGCUCGGUGGAAUGGGAGCUUCAGUUGUCAGUGGAAUUACAUUGACGAAGCUAGUUGGGGUGAUUGUGCUCGGUUUCUCAAGAUCGGAAGUAUUUGUGGUAUACUACUUCAAGAUGUAUUUGGCACUAGUCCUCCUUGGUUUCUUGCAUGGCCUUGUCUUCUUACCGGUGUUCUUGAGCAUGUUUGGUCCAGCUCCAAGACAUGUAGAAGGUGAUAGGCAAGAUCAUCGACCUUCGGUUUCAUCUCUGCCGUAGCUCAAUUAUGUUUUAUUCUUUCUUUUACAAGGUUUUGUUUUAAAUUAUAUUACAUACAUUUGUAAAUGGUUAAAAAUGUUCCACCAAAAAAGAAGAGAAUCACAUUGGAAGUGGUAAAUUUGCAAAUAUCAGAAUGCUGAAGAAACUGAUGAA